CAGUCGCUGAAGUGGUUUUGUGAAGAAAGCCGAGCGAACGGUGGUGAGAGAGAGAGAGAGACUGACUGAGAGAAAGAGAGACUGAGAGAAAGAGAGAGAGGGUGUUUUACACAGGUAGAGCGUAUUCAUCACUCGCGGUUGUUUCUUUGGACGUCAGAUCAUGAAGAACAUGACUUUCAGACGGGUCAAGAAACUCAACUCAAACGAGCCGGACGGGGGGUCUUGUCCGGGCAGUGGAGAUAUCUACUUCUCCUCCUCCAAAUCAGACAGCUGCAAGACCAUGGAUCAACCCUCGGGCUCCUCAGACAUUUACAACUACAAGACGCUCGCGUACUCCGGAGGAACACUGCCAAGAAAUUUCAAGAAGAAUGGUGGGUUACAGAAGUGGAAGCCCCUCACGCAGCCACCAGAGCCAGAAAAGAAGGUGGUGGUCCUGGAGAAGAAAGAGGAUGAAACAUUUGGCUUUGAGAUUCAGACAUAUGGGCUGCACCACCAGGAUGAGAACUCUGUGGAGAUGUGCACAUUCGUCUGCAAAGUCCACGAGGACAGUCCAGCCAAGCUCGCCGGCCUUAAAGUUGGAGACACCAUCGCCUGUGUGAACGAAACCUCCGUUGAAGGAUUUCGCCACAAGGACAUCGUCCAGCUUGUCAGGUCGUCAGGCAACACCAUUAGAUUAGAAACUGUAUAUAGCAACACAAUAAGGAAAGCAGAACUUGAGGCCCGCCUGCAGUAUUUGAAGCAAACGCUGCAUGAGAAGUGGGAUGAGUACCGGUCCCUGAUGGUGCAGGAACAGAGACUUGUUCAUGGUAUUGUAAUGAGUGAUGUGGCUGUGUAUGAAUCCUUGGAGUCGGCCGGUAUAUACGGCAGCCUCGGUGCUCCGAGUCCAGUAGUAAUGCGUGCCCUCCGCUGCACUGGCACAGGCAGUGCCAACAGCAGCAUCAGCCACCUCAGCUCAGCCACCGGUGAUGAUGAUCCUCUCUACCAGACCUGCUUCUACCUGGGAGGAAACGGCAGCAACAGUGACAUGUCCAGUAACCCUGGUGAAGCUUCUGAGGAGAGGCCGCAGUUGGGGCGCCAGCGUCUUCUCCGGCCAGCCAGCGAGCUGUUCGCCUCGGCCAAAACCUCACUGACCCGCAGCGCCAGCACACGCAGCUACCUGAGAGGCUCUUCAGCAACAUCUUCGUCAGCGCCUACAGGAGAGAAGCAGCAAUGUGGUGCUUUCAGCUCAUUGCAGAGGAAGCCAAAACAGAAAAGCUUUAGGCGAAGACUUCUAAAGUACAUCCCUGGCCUAAACCGACCUUUAGAGGAGGAAGAGAGCAAACUUUGAAUGUCUCAGGAUCAUAGACUUGAACAUGCAGCCAAAGACUGCAAAGCUAAACACCAGGAACAUGCCAUUUAAAGACUGAGACACGCAGCCAAAGACUGCAACAUAAACGUGUAUUCAAAUGCCAUAGCUUCUGGCAGCUUGGAAAGACCAAAAUGGACACCAGGACAACCCAAAGAAUGCGGCCUUUCAGCAGAUCCAAAUGCAGGUCAAAUGGAUGCUCCACCAUAGGAACAGUUGUUACCCUUCUAUGGAAUUGCUUGUUACUUUGGGAACGUCAGGAGUGCUUCAGUGUAGCUACUAUAAGAAAUGCCUUCAGUUCACCCAAACCAACUAUUUCUUUGCAGUUAUUCAUUGUAACAAUUAAUAACAAGUUUAUUUUCCCUUACUUUUGUUCAAAAAAGAGAGAAAAAUUAUCUGUGUUUUGAAAUUGAUUGAUUACUCCAGCUGGCCAAUUCUUCGUAGUAUACUCUUAAAGAAUGUGCCACACAGGGCUCUUUGAACCCUCUUUUGGUGCCAUAGAAGAACCACUUUUGGUUCCUCCGAAGAACUAUGUUUGAAAACGAAAGCAUGAAGAGCCUUGAAAUGUCACACAAGUAAAGGUUCUAUACAAAUUCUGAUGUAAAAAGGUUCACGUCACAUCUCAUUUACAAAAUCGGUUCUUCUAUGGAAGUGCUUUCCAACCUGGUCUACAUUUUUGCUCCAGCCCAACUCACAACACACAGAGAUGAAGAUAAAAAGUUUGGACCAUCGUGGGGGAACCUGAGGACAAAGUUGGGAACCACUGUUCAGUGGCGUAGAACCCUUUUUGGCACCCUUAUUUUUGAGAGUGUAGUUAUAUAACCCUAAAUUCUGAUGCAAUUGUUUUCUAAUAUUUAUGCAAGGUAUAAUAAUUAACAAGGCUUAUAGUCAUCCAGACACACAACCAGUCUAAGGCCAAAAUGAAGAUUUAAAAAAAACUAAUUGAGAAGACAAAUAUUUGCUCCCAGUGCAAAAACCACAAGGAAUCAAAAGCCAAAGCAACUAAAAUGUGUCUAAACCUCUCUGCCCAUUUUCCACACUGUCAAACUAAUAACUCUGUAACUGUUCCCGACAUAAGCUCUGCACUUCUCUUGUGAAGUCAGUGAACAUUUGUACAGAACUUUGGUUUCUAUUACGUCAUUUUAAGUUAUUUAUUUAUUUUGUGUUCUUUUGGUGUUUUUUUUUUUGGAAAGAUGUACAAAGUGAAGGAUUUUUUGUUGUAUUUUUUAUCUUUUGACUUAAAAACAGACCAUUUUAUUGAUCAACGUUUUAUAAGUGCCUUUUUGGCUGAUAGCUGUAUUCAUCCAUGUCUUUUCUACUUUUUGAAAAUGGAUCAUGCAGAAAACAAAAUCUUAAAAUAAAUGUGUGCUAUCA